AUGGGGGGACACACGAUGCCAUCCGCAGAUGGCCAAGGGCAGCACCACCGAGGGGCGGCAGCGCUGGCACGGGAGGCAGGCACAGAGCAUCAUCACCGAGGGGCGGCCCAGAGGUGACAGGGCGCAGACACCGUCCCCACCCAGGGGCCCCGGGCAGGGCAGCAGCUCGCUGGAGGGUUUCCUUCCUCCUGCCCCAGCCGCGCCUCGCCAGCCACCCCGAGCUCGGCUGCAAGAGCCUCUCAUGUGACCGCCGGCUUCCUGUGCGCUGCCGGCUCGGUGCCGGUGCCGCGGGUCGGGACGGGACGGGACGGGACGGGACGGGACAGAACGGGCCGGGCCGUGCUCGCCACCGGACGCGGAGCGCUCGCCACCGGCCCCAGCGCCAUGCUGCGCCGCAAGCCUUCCAACGCCGGGGACAAGGAGCCGGGACACAGGAAGCUUUCCCUACAGCGUUCCAGCAGCUUCAAGGACUUCAACAAAUCCAAGGUCAGCUCCCCCGUGUCAAAUGAGGAAUUCAACCUGGAGGAGAAUAUCCCCGAGGAUGAGCCCGGCCCCGAGGAGGGCGUGCGCAGCAGCGGGACCAAGCUGGGCAGGAAGUGGCGGGCGGUGAUCUCGCGUACCAUGAACCGCAAGAUGGGCAGGAUGGCGGUGAGAGCGCUGGCCGAGGGCAAGCAGGGAGAGGGGCAGGAGGAGGGCUCCCCGUGCCCGCUGUCCCCUGGCAGCAGUGUGGAGGAGCAGAGCCGUGACAAGGUGCCCCUGUCGUACCUGGAGCUGGAGGAGGAGGAGGACGGGCGCCCGGCCCUCGCACGCCAGACGUCCAGCGGCAGCGACAUCCCCAGCCCCACUGACCCCGGGGACAGCAAGCGGCUGGACGAGGCUGUCCCCGCCUACACCGGCCCCUUCUGCGGCCGCGCCCGCGUCCACACCGACUUCACCCCCAGCCCCUACGACAAGGACUCCCUGAAGCUGCGGAAAGGGGACAUCAUCGGCAUCAUCGAGAAGCCACCUGUGGGCACCUGGACCGGGCUGCUCAACAACAGGGUGGGCUCCUUCAAGUUCAUCUACGUGGAUGUGAUCCCCGAGGAGCCGGUCCCUGCCCGCAGGAGCCGCGGCUCCAGCAGGAACAAGCGCCUCAAGCCCAAGACCCUCCACGAGCUGCUGGAGCGCAUCAACCUGCAGGAACACAUCCCCACCCUCCUGCUGAACGGGUACCAGACCCUGGAGGACUUCAAGGAGCUGCGGGAGACGCACCUGAGCGAGCUGCACAUCACGGACCCCCAGCACCGCGCCAAGCUGCUCACGGCCGCCGAGCUCCUCCUGGACUACGACACAGCCAGCGAGCCCGAGGACGGGGACAGCGCCGAGGCCCUGCCGUCGCCCUCGGAGCCCAGAGGGGACAUUCCCCGGGACUCGGGCUGCUUCGAGGGACCCGAGGCCCUGGAUGGCAGCCGGGAGGAGGCCGAGCUGGGGGGUCCCGAGGAGCAGCUGGGGGGUCCCAGGGAGCAGCUGGGGGCUCUCUCCACGGCAGAAUCCCCCUGAGCCCGCUGGCAGCGCCGCUCCCCGCUCUGGCCCUGAGCGGGGCUGGGCUGCUGGCAGGGGACAGGGGAGCCCCAGUGGUGGCACCUCGGGGCCAGCUCGGCUCCUGCACCACAGCCAGGUGCUGGGUGGGCACCAGGUGCCCCAGGACACUUUGCAUGGCACUGCCUGGCACCGCUGGCACUCUGGGCACGCCGGGGCACCGCGCUCCCUGCCAAGGCACACAGGCACUGGCUGCUUCUCCCAGGUUUGCCAGCAGGCUCAGGAGGGCAGCUCGGGAUGGAAGCCCUGCCUGCAGGCAGCUGAAGCCUGCCCAGGACACUGUCACUUCUCAGCAUGGACAUCACCUGCCGUGGGGGACAGCAAGAUGCAAAUAACACAGCUCAGACACCCUGCAAGUGUGAGGUGGACAACACAGGGAAGGGGGAAGAGGCAGCUGGCUUGGGGCAGCACAGACACGCAGGGGCUACAGCUCAGCCAUUUUCAAACCAAUUAAGUUUCCUUCAUUGUUUUAAAAUUAAAAAAAAAAUAA